UUUGUGUGGUCAGGUGUGGGGAAGAAGCGCCCAGAGCUCGCGGACGGAUGCACGUUCGUGCCGCGCGCCGAGUGUGAUUUCACGCCACCGGCGACGGGCGUCAAGUCGACAUGGCUGGGCCACGCGGCCGUGCUGAUCCAGUACGCGCCGUUGGCGGGGCAGGAGCGGGGGCUCAACAUCCUCUUCGACCCGGUGUUCAGCGACCGGUGCGGGCCGACGCAGUGGUUCGGCGCCCCGCGCCGCUUCACGCCCGUGCCGUGCGGCGCGACAGUCGCCGAGGCCGUCGACGCGCUGCCGCCGCUCGACAUCGUAGCCAUCAGCCACAACCACUACGACCACUUGGACAUCCCCACGCUCCGCGCGAUCUUCGCGAAGCAGGCUGCGACACCGCCGGCGCUCCUCAUCCCGCUGAACACGCUCCGCCUCGUGCGCGGUAUCGCACCCGACGAGCUCGUGCGCGAGGCCGACUGGUGGGAGGAGAUCGCGGUGAGCAGCGACCGCGGCGACGCACACUUCACAUAUACGCCCGCGCAGCAUAUGACGGCGCGGACGGCGUUCGACAUGGCUGCGAGUCUGUGGGGCGGGUGGUGUGUCAAGACGAAGCGGGACGGCGGCGCGCAGACCGUGUGGUUUGCCGGUGACACUGGAUACUCGGCUGUUGACACGGAGACGUACGAGAUCGAUGAGUCCCGGCCCGUGUGUCCGGCUUUCAAGGAGAUCGGCUCGCGGCUGGGUCCGAUCGACCUCGCGUUCCUCCCAAUCGGCGCGUACUCGACGCGCUCUUUCUUGAGCACCGUGCAUUGUGCGCCGAUUGAUGCGGUGCGCGUGUUCAAGGAUGUGAACGCGCGCAAGGCUGUCGCGAUCCACUGGGGCACGUGGGACCUGUCGAACGAGCCGAUCUCUGAGCCGCCACGCAUGCUCGCAGAGGCGCGCGAGACCGUCGGCCUCACGCAGGAGCAGUUCGACAUUUGCGCGCUGGGCGGGAGCGUGAGCGUUUAGAGUGUAGCGCGGUAUAGUGUUGUGACAUGUAAGAGCUGCUUUGCGGUGUGGAACGGUG